CUCGUUCUCCCUAUUAUUAUUUUUAUCUCCUUGCGCUUAAUAACUGGUUUAUCUUUCUUGGUCUUUUCCAAUCAUUCAUUGUUAAAUCGUUAAAUCGUCAUCUGUUCACCGUCUCCCCGCGGCUGAACACGAGUAGAAUUACGGAAGCCGGGCGUUGAUACCCCCAAGUUUCCCUAUGGGCAACAGUCAAGGCAAGCCCGUUGAUCUCAACGGCGAAGUGAACCUAAACCAUUUCCGAUUAUUACGAGUCGUCGGUCGCGGUGCUUUUGGUAAAGUGCGAAUAGUCGAACGAAAAGAUACCAACCUAGCGUUUGCCCUAAAGUACAUUCGUAAAGAUGAGGUCGUACGAUCUGAAAGCGUCCGAAAUAUUAUACGAGAACGACGCAUGCUCGAGCAUGUGAACCACCCUUUUAUCUGUAACUUGCGCUAUAGUUUCCAAGAUAUCGAGUAUAUGUACCUUGUGGUUGACUUGAUGAGCGGAGGCGACCUGCGUUUUCACAUCUCGAGAAAGGCUUUCACUGAAGAGGCUGUGCGUUUCUGGAUAGCGGAAUUGGGAUGUGCGCUCAGAUACAUACACGGGCAAGGCAUAAUACAUCGAGAUGUGAAGCCAGACAACGUGCUACUAGAUGCCGACGGCCAUGUUCACUUGACUGAUUUUAACGUUGCCUCAGACGUUAUACCCGGAAAGCUUCUCACGAGCAAAUCGGGAACUCUUGCGUACCUCGCCCCCGAAGUAUAUGCAGGUAAAGGCUACGACGUAAGGGCCGAUUGGUGGUCGCUGGGGGUACUGUUUUACGAAUGUAUCUACAACAAGCGGCCAUUUGAGGGCAAUUCGGAAUCUACCUUAACGAAUGUCAUCCUUGCAGCAAGCCCGAAAUUCCCCGUCACUCAACCUCCAGUCUCACUACCAUGUCUGUACGCCAUCGGUUCUGCUCUAAAUCCGAACCCCGACAAGAGGCUUGGUCACACCUGGCAAAGCUUCAUAAGCGAAUCCUUCUUUCAGUGCAUUGACUUUGAGGCUUUAGAAAGAAAAGAAAUGGAGCCUGUAUUUAUCCCAUCGGCAGACAAGACCAACUUCGAUGCUACCUACGACCUCGAAGAAUUGUUAUUAGAGGAAGCGCCACUGGAGGCCAGGGCGCGGAGGCAAAAACCCAGGGAGAGGUUAAAGGAUGACGCCACUGAGAAGGAGAUCCGGGAAGAGGAGCUAUACCGUACCAUCGAGCGGGAAUUUCAGCCGUUCGAUUACACUGUAGCAGCUUAUAAGAAAAUUACGGCACAGCAAGCGGAUGGAACCGGAGAUAAUAGUCCUGCUCUGAGCCCAGCCAAUGAAGAGCCUCGUGCCAUCAGUACCGACGAGGCCAAACCAGCUCCAACCAACAAUAGAGCUCCGCAGCAAUACCAAUCUUCACCUGUACAAAAUAAACCCCCGUCGGAUAAGAGUAUUACGACGAGCGGUAGCCGCAGCGCAGCCAAAAGCGCACCUCGGCCCCCAGCGCCGCUUCCAUCAUAUCACCGCACAUACAGCAAGAGCGUUUCCCAGUCUUCAGGUCUACAAGUCAAAUCCCCCAGCGGCGGCAUAUCGGUCACGUUGGAGGAUACGGGCAGCUGGUCGGAUCUAGCGCGUAGGGAUGCGACGUUACCGGCCGAUGCUAAUGUCACGAGUGAGGAUAAGUCGUCUGGGGGUGGCGGCGUCUUUGGACUCUUUGGCCGAAAGAAGAGGGGACAUAGUCCAAAGCCAAAAGAGAGGGGAGUUUUGGGUAAAGAAGGGGCACGACAGAUAAUUGGUUGAUACCACCUCCGCACUGGAUAUUAUUGGGCGCAUCGGCGUCUUCUGGGUAUUGGGAAUGGGCCACUAGGACUGCUGUGAGCUUAUUACAACGCAAUCUCCUCCGCUCAUCGUAGGGAGAAAUCCUUCACGAUGAUUAACGUGUCGGCUAAGCUAAGUGGCAUUUUCGAGUCAUUUCGAUAUCACUGGCGAACCAGAUCAGACUCGUCGAUUCGGCGGAUUACAAUAUUUCUAGCGGCUCCGAGUUUUGCGGAUACUAUGUGCCGCGAAC